CUCAUUCUCCCUCAUCAUCAUGAUCUGCUUCAACAUCUUGUCCUCUUAUCAUUAAUUUUCUCACCUCGUAUCGUUUUUCUAGUGUGAUUAUCUUUUGAGGCUCCAACAUGGUGGACGCAGAAACAUCUAGGACAGUUAUUGGAAUCAUUGGCAAUAUCAUCUCAUUCUUCCUCUUCCUCUCUCCUGUCCCAACAUUCAUCAAGAUCCGGAAAGCGAAAUCUGUGCAAGGAUUCAAACCAGAUCCAUACGUCGCAACAGUGCUGAAUUGUGCUAUGUGGGUGUUCUAUGGUCUUCCCAUUGUUCAUCCCGACAGCCUUCUCGUCGUCACUAUCAACGGCGUAGGGUUCAUCAUUGAAAUCUCCUAUGUCACCAUCUUCUUCCUCUUCUCCAAUUGGGCCAUGCGCAAAAGGAUUACUAUGGCUUUGAUCGUUGAGCUCGUAUUCUUGUUCAUUGUGGUUUUCAUCACCUUGACAUUUCUCCAUGGCCACAAGGAUAGAUCAAUGCUCGUUGGAAUAUUGUGCAUCAUAUUCAACACAAUCAUGUAUACAUCACCCUUGACUGUCAUGCGACGAGUUAUCAGUACCAAGAGUGUAAAAUACAUGCCAUUUUUCUUAUCACUAACCAACUUUGCAAAUGGCUCCAUCUGGUUUUCAUAUGCACUCAUCAAGUUUGAUCCCUAUCUCAUGGUUCCAAAUGGUUUAGGAAUGUUGUCGGGAUUAGUUCAGCUUGUUCUUUACGCGACUUAUUACAGGAUGACAGACUGGGAUGAGGAUGAGAAGUCGACUGAGAUUGAACUCCCGAGGGCUAAUUAUGCUGGUGUCUGAGAGAAUUGCCAAUGUGCUGUUGCAUAUCUUUAAUGUAUUUCCAUUAUUAUCCCAUUUAAUUAACUUACUCUUGAUUCUUUCAUAUAUGUUUCUUGGGCAACUUAAUGAGAUGGAUAAUGUGACUUUAUGUAAACCCUUACACCAUAUAUGCAAUAAACAUUUUGACAUAUCAACCUAUG